CCGCUCUACAGACCAAACCCAAAGCCGAGAGGGGUAUAUUCAGCCGCGGUCCUUCGAUGCAGUAUAGCGCCACUGGAACCGUCUCAGAGGAGGCCUUUAGCCAGGAGACUGCAGAGACCACCGACCCCUUGUUCGAUAAGCCUCUCAAGAGCGCGAAGCUCAGCACAUCUACGUAUCACACUGCAUCUCAACCUUUACAAGAGGACCAGGUGGACGUUACCCAGAACAAGGGUAAGGGUUCGUUUGGAGGGUGGAACGACGACGAAGGCUUUACAGCUGGUUGGCUGAGCAAAGGCAAUGAUACACUUGGUGAAAAUGCUAUGAGAAUGCAAGUGCAACAACAGCAUCAACGAGUGCCUGGUGCAUUCGAGGGUGAAGACGAAGAGCAAUAUGAUGAGAGCGCCUGGAGCCCUGAUCAAGAUGAGGAUGUCACAAAUCACCAGUGGGCCCGUAUCAAAGCUCAAGGUGACGACGAGGGCAGUCAAUCACCCGCGAGAGACGGGGAUAAUGAGACGACAUCGCACCGUUCUGACCUCGAGGAGGAUGCGGAUGAGGAAGUCGAGACUCAGAACGAUGAAGACAUGGCCGUUGACGAGGAGGAACUGGAGACGCAGUCAUUGGGAUCUGCUGCCGUAGCAGCUCCUAUCGCGCCCGCUCGGGGUG